AUGCAGUCGAAUAAGCAGGGGGUACAUCAGCAAUAUUCUAGCCAGCAGUCUGGGGAAGGGCAGUACUUGCGGGACAGUGACGGCUAUCAACAGAUGGCGAGGCCGCCUGUAGCUGGCUUCAGUAACAUGUACAUGAGUCAACAAAACUCGAACCAGUCACUACACGAUCAUAUCCAGCAACAGCAAUAUUACCAACAGCAAAUGCUACACCAACAGCAACAGCAACAGCAACAACAGAACGAAAACAACGGGGCAAUGUUUCAUGGAGCUGGAUUCACGGAUAUUCCCACGUUAAGCCAUCCUUCUACUCCUCCACCUCAGAACCAAUAUAUGAAGAUGGCUAAUCCUCAACAGUUGCAACAGCAUAUAAUAGACGUCCCACCGCCAGCUAUCACGGGACUUUAUAGACACAAUAACAACUCCAAUAGUUUGGUUCAAAACAAUAACAGCACGGGAAUGAAAGGUGUUCAGCAACCAUUACCACAGGGCGCAUUUUCCCCAGGACAGUACUCGGUUGAUUCAGAUCAUUCACAACCGAAUCAGAAUGCCAACUUUUCAAAUCCAAAUUUGGCAGGGAGUAAUGGCAGUAGAGCAUCCAGUCCGUUCCACCAGCCACAGAAUAUGUACACGGAUGUUGUUGCGCAGCAGAGUCCGACGAGAAGUAUAAACAGCUUCCAACAACAGCAGCAACAGGCGCAAUUUGUUGCCGAACAACAGCCAGUGCAACAUUCCCCGAUUCGAACGAAGUCCGCACAACCGCCCACGGAUGCGAACUCAAACUAUAUGUAUUUUGAACGGAGACCUGACUUAUUGACGAAAUCUACACAGGAUAAAGCGGCCGCUGUGAAACUUAAGAUCGAAAAUUUUUACCAGCAGUCGGUGAAGUACGCCAUUGAAAGGAAUGAAAGACGUGUGGAGUUGGAAUCCGAGUUAUCGUCGCACGAUUGGUCUGAUGAAAGGAAGUCGAGGCAGUUGACGUCGCUUGGGAAGAAAGAAUCUCAAUUCUUGAGGCUGAGAAGAACGAGGCUGUCCUUAGAGGACUUCCAAACGAUAAAAGUUAUUGGGAAGGGUGCCUUCGGAGAAGUCCGUUUGGUACAGAAGAGAGACACGGGUAAAAUAUACGCAAUGAAGACUUUGUUGAAGUCGGAGAUGUACAAGAAGGACCAGCUUGCGCACGUGAAGGCUGAGAGGGAUGUGUUGGCCGGGAGUGACUCGCCGUGGGUCGUCUCUCUGUAUUAUUCGUUCCAGGAUGCACAGUACUUAUACCUGAUCAUGGAAUUCUUGCCCGGUGGUGAUCUGAUGACAAUGUUGAUCAGAUGGCAGUUGUUUACGGAGGAUGUGACGAGGUUUUACAUGGCAGAGUGUAUUUUGGCGAUAGAGACGAUCCAUAAACUUGGGUUUAUUCACAGAGACAUCAAGCCAGACAACAUAUUGAUCGACAUCAGGGGCCACGUCAAAUUAUCUGAUUUCGGUCUAUCCACUGGGUUCCACAAGACACACGAUUCGAACUACUACAAGAAACUUCUACAAGAGGAGGAGGUCAAUGGGGCCAACCCAGCACAGGGCAACGGUAACACACUGGGGCUCACGAAACCAGGCCAGAUCGGGGACCGCCAGACGAUGAUUGUGGACUCGAUCAACUUGACGAUGUCUAACAGGCGGCAGAUCCAAACGUGGAGGAAAUCGCGCCGUCUGAUGGCGUAUUCGACUGUUGGGACACCGGACUACAUUGCCCCUGAGAUAUUCCUGUACCAAGGGUACGGGCAGGAGUGCGAUUGGUGGUCCCUGGGUGCCAUCAUGUACGAGUGUUUGAUAGGGUGGCCUCCCUUCUGUUCAGAGACUCCACAGGAGACGUAUCGCAAGAUUAUGAAUUUCGAGCAGACGUUACAGUUCCCCGACGACAUCCAUAUAUCGUACGAGGCGGAGGAUCUAAUCAGGAGGUUACUGACGCACUCAGACCAACGUCUUGGCCGGCACGGCGGUGCAGACGAGAUCAAGAGCCACCCUUUCUUCCGCGGUGUUGAGUGGAACACGAUCAGACAAGUUGAGGCGCCGUACAUACCGAAACUGAGCUCCAUCACAGACACGCGGUUCUUCCCUACGGAUGAGCUAGAGAACGUCCCUGAUUCCCCCGCCAUGGCGCAAGCUGCACAACAGAGGGAGCAGAUGAUGAAGUUGAACGGAGCCGCUCAAAACGCGGGCGCACCCAUCAAGGAGGAUCUGCCCUUUAUCGGGUACACGUACUCCAGAUUUGACUAUCUGACAAGAAAGAACGCAUUGUGA